UCAAACCCCUGCCUCAUCAGGUGCAACAUAAAGCCCAAGCCCAAGCCCAAGCCCAAGCUUACAAAUACAAACCCCCGAACUAUCUUCACGAUGGCAUAUUCGUAAUUUCGGCGUCGUUAAACCUUGUGUCAAACACAGUCCUUUACCAGUAAAACGUGAUUCAUAUUUCAUACAAUUGUUCAUGGCUAUGGAGAUCGCCUACCGACUCUCAUUCCGUCUCCUUCCACUACUUCAAUCUGAAAAGUGCCUAAACCCCGGCGUUUUCAACCCAAUUUUCAGAAAAUCAUGUGCUCCCGUUUUGGGUCAUGUACACCAAGAACUGCCAUCCAAUACUAUAUUCACGAACCGGAGAAGUUACAGUCGGGCGUCCCCGUCAAUUGCCAGAGCAGGCUGGCUUUUGGGUCUUGGAGAAAAGAAGAAGACAAGCUUGCCCGAUAUAGUCAAAGCGGGUGACCCGGUUUUGCACGAACCCGCGAAAGAAGUUGAGGUCGGAGAAAUUGGGUCAGAUAAGAUCCAAAAGAUAAUUGAUGAUAUGGUUGCGGCGAUGAGGAAAGCUCCUGGGGUUGGUCUUGCGGCUCCACAGAUUGGAGUACCCUUAAGGAUAGUUGUUUUGGAAGAUACUAAGGAAUACAUUAGCUAUGCACCUAAGGAAGAGACUAAAGCACAAGACAGACGCCCUUUUGAUCUUCUGGUGAUUAUUAACCCAAAGCUUAAAAAGAAAAGCAAGAGGACUGCAAUGUUUUUUGAAGGGUGCUUAAGUGUUGAUGGAUUUAGAGCAAUGGUGGAGAGAUGCCUUGAUGUUGAAGUUUCUGGUUUGGAUCGUUAUGGCAAUCCCAUCAAAAUAGAUGCUUCAGGUUGGCAAGCUCGUAUUUUACAGCACGAGUGUGAUCAUUUAGAGGGAACUCUUUAUGUUGAUACAAUGGUGCCUAAAACAUUCAGGACGGUAGAAAACUUAGAUUUGCCUCUAGCAGAUGGAUGCCCCAAGCUUGGAGUUCGCUAGCUUAUCGUUUUGAAAAAAAUCUAGAUAAUUUGAUGCAAGGGGAUAAAGAUUGAGUUUCACAUACAUUUUGCUUGGAUUAUUGGACUCCUUUGUGCAAGUUUGUUCUGUUGUAAAUCAAAAUUCAUUUGUUCUCGAGCAAGGUGUAACCGCAUUAGGAAAGUGGCCAUCUCUGUUCAAUUCUGAGUGUCAGUUUUCAGUCAUGAAUAACCAGAUAAAGAUCUGAAUGUGUUAUAUACAUUCAGCCUAAUUUUUGUAAUUGGGAUUAUUGUACAAGUUUAUUUGAAUCAUAAUGAUAUAUAAAAGAGGCAUUUUCCCACCAAA